ACCAAUCCGCGGCACUCGCACAGAUACGUCUUUGAAUUAUGGUCCAAUAUUAACUCGCCUCUCAAGAACAGCAGGACAUUAGCGGACUACUGCUUUUUUUUUAUUAACUAUCUCAAUAGUCAUCAAGCCUUUUAAGAAACGGGUGAUGCGACGCACCACGUCUGACCACCGAAGACGACCCGGGAUGUACAGACCGAUGCGUGGGACUCUUGGGCAAGGUUCACGUUGAACCCGCGAAUCCACGACGGCUCGUGCGCAUGAGGCCUCAUGGAGUUAGGGACUCAACGACUGUUGUGCACCAGGGAUCUUGGUCCACACCUGGUCCACAGAAGCAAACCUUGACACCGGGUGGGAACCAUCAACACUCUGCCUUGUUCCUUCCCCCUCCCGCCCCCAUCCACAUUCUCCCUCCUGCGAAGCUAAGUUGUCCAGGCUGCCCCAACGCAGCCCACCUGUGGACCUGAAAAUGCUGGGGAAGCUGAAGCAGAACAUGCUGGUGGCCUGCCUGGUCAUCAGCUCCAUCACGGUGUUCUACCUAGGCCGCCACGCCAUGGAGUGCCACCACCGCUUCGAGGAGCACAGCCAGCCGGGCGGCGUCCUCCCGCUGUCUGCGCUGGGGGGCAGCAUGCGGACCACCCUGAGGACGGGCCAGAACCUGAGCACCCCUUUCAUCUACAAUAAGGACAUGCCGCUGGUGUUCAUCGGCGGGGUUCCCCGCAGCGGCACCACGCUCAUGCGAGCCAUGCUGGACGCCCACCCGGAGGUGCGCUGCGGCGAGGAGACCCGCGUCAUUCCCCGCAUCCUGGCCAUGAAGCAGAUGUGGAGCCGCUCGGGCCGGGAGAAGAUGCGCCUGGACGAGGCGGGCGUCACGGACGAAGUGCUGGACGCCGCCAUGCAGGCCUUCCUCCUGGAGAUCAUCGUCAAACACGGCGAGCCAGCCAACUUCCUCUGCAACAAGGAUCCGUUCGCCCUGAAGUCGCUCUCCUACCUGGCCAAGAUCUUCCCCCAGGCGAAGUUUGUGCUGAUGAUUCGCGACGGACGCGCCUCGGUCCACUCCAUGAUCUCGCGGAAGGUGACCAUCGCGGGGUUUGACCUGGGCAGCUACCGGGAUUGCCUGACCAAGUGGAACCGGGCCAUAGAGACCAUGUACACUCAGUGCCUGGACGCAUCUGACAAGUGUCUGCCGGUGCAUUAUGAACAGCUAGUCCUGCAUCCUGAGAAAUGGAUGAGGACACUGCUGAAAUUCCUUGACAUUCCCUGGAAUGACGCUGUGCUCCACCAUGAAGAGCUCAUCGGGAAAGUCGGAGGGGUGUCACUCUCCAAGGUGGAGAGGUCCACAGACCAGGUGAUCAAGCCGGUCAACGUGGAGGCCCUGUCCAAGUGGGUGGGAAAGAUGCCCACGGACGUGCUGCGGGACAUGCCGGCCAUUGCCCCCAUGCUAGCCCGACUGGGCUACGACCCCCAUGCCAACCCCCCCAACUAUGGACGACCCGACCAAAAGGUCCUGGACAACACACGAAGGGUCUUUAAAGGAGAAUUUCAGCUCCCAGAUUUUCUAAAAGAACAGUCACAGCUUCAGAAAUCUCCAGAGAAGCCCAGUCCCACCUAGAGAGACGAGGCGUAUUGCGUCACCACAGAGUCGUCUUGGAGAUCUGCAGCCUGUUACCCCCUGAUACACUCAUCGGAGGGACAUAAGCAAGGACGGACAUGCCAUGAAAACACCGCCUUGUUCACCGCCUUCCAUGGGCCUCUCCCGGCCCCCCUCUCUCCUCUAUCUGUCGCUACCGUAAAGCCGGACGAGGACUGUGCUCAUCUGGGGUCCUGCUGCUGGCCCUCACCAUACUGUCUGCGCAGAACUCUUUGCCUUGGGUGUUGUAGUGUAAAGGAAAUGUUUAUCACAACAGUGACCACAGAAUGUUUUAUUUCAGCCCCACGUCAUGCUCAUCGGAAUUACGUUUAGACAUUAUUAAUGUGCUUUAUAACAAACCUAUGAUUCUGUUAUGAGGAACUGCAGCGAAGUAAACACUGCAGGAUGUAUUUAUGGAGAAAUGUUAGCUUUUUAAAGAGGCAUUAUCUAUUUUAAUGUUUAAUUUUUUCAUGCUUUUGUAUCGUGCAAUUUAAUUGGUACAGUUUAAUUAUUGACUGUGAUAAACGAAUGGUUUUAAAAUAAUAACAUUGAGUCCAUUUCUUUCGUAAACCAAGAACUUAUCUUUAAACCAAGUUAUCGUCCCAAGAUGCAAAAUACCAGCAGCUGCAAGAGAUGUUCAGGUAGGGUUGGUGAAAAGUGUAAGUUCAAGAAUAAAGUGAUGGAUGAAACAUGAAGAGACUAUGGGGAAGGAACUGAAUCCAUGUAUACCGUUCACAUAUGUACAAUGUUGGUGCGCGAAGAUGGUUCUAGCACAUAAAGAUUUACUUUUAACCUGCACAUUCUUUAAUUCAACUAAACACUUACUGGUAUGUUAAUGUUAAUCAUGAAUUGGCACGUUUCAAAUGUAUGUCUUUAAAUUGAGUCUGCUGUUAUUGUCCCUGUUUGCCAAUGCUGUCAUUUGAAGUAAGGAGAAGCACAUAAUUGAACAACCUUUUUAAUAAUACGUUACAUUCAAGGCAAAUAAUACAUCCUUAACAAUACAUACUCAGCAAUGCAAAUGUUGGCUGUCUAAAUAAAUAGCUUUAAAAUCUU